AUGAGCCGUCCAAUCGAACAAGCACUCGCGAAUCUCAUCCCCCGCCACUCGGGCGUCCUCCCCGCAGAGCUCAUCGAGCUAGCCAACAGCCUGCUCGCGCAAUCGCGCAACAAAUGCAGCAAUCUGAAGCCCGACGAGGAGGUCGCGCGCGUAUACGCCAGCGCGAACCUAGCCUGCGAACGUCUCAAAACCUCGCUCAACCUCCCCCCCAUCGAGCCACGGCCCCCGAUCCCCCCGCGCGUCUACGGCAAGCUAUACGCCUACUUUGACCGGACGCUCGUCACCUCCGGCGCGCGCAAGCGCGCCCUCCAGAACGCUGCGAAGAGCAACAACAACAACAGCAGCAGCAGCAGCAACAGCGCGCGCACCCCGGUCAAGGCGCUCCCGCAGCGCCUCACGCCCUCAAGAGCGCAGUCCCUGUCCGGCUUCCAGAGCCAGCGCAGCGCGAAGAGAGGCCUGUUCUUUCCCGCGAGGAGGGACAAGGAGGGCAAGGUGCCGAAGUGGGUCGGUCCUGUUGUGCGAUUGCUGUGCAGGGAGAUGGGGACGCGGAAGGCGGUGCCGCACGUCCUGGCGGGCGUGGAGAGUAUACUGUGCCUGCCGUGUCCGAAGGGGGAGGGGGCCGUGGAGGGCAAGGUGCCCGCGCUGGUGGCGAUGGUGUGGUUUUUUGUCGUGCUGAAGAUGAGGGGCCCAGAGGGGAGAGCUGUGGAGGGAGUGAAGCGCACGGAGAGAGUGAGGGAGGUGUUGAGGGGGGCGAGGGAAGACGGAGAGGUGAGGGCCAGGCUGGGGGAGCGGGACGAGGCGUGGACGGGCUGGGAGGAGGUCAAGCAGAAGGAUGUCAAUGCUUGGAGGGGGGAGAUUGUGGAGAAGGGCUGGAGGGAACUGGAUUGGUGGACGAAUAUUGAGGAGGGGGUGGGUGUUGAUGGAGAGGAAGAGCAUGAGCAUGAGGAUGAGGAGAUGCUGGAUUUGGGUGUAGAGGUGGUGCGGGAGAUCGGGCGUACCAAGCCUAGGACCAUGAUUCAGGAGCAGUUCUGUGUUAACGACGCGAAGAGGGCCGAGUUCCAAGCAUGGAAGGAGGCUUUGCUCGUAAGGAUCGCUGGAAUAUCGAAAGAUCCCGGGCUCACGGGGAACGACGACAGCUAG